GCUGAACUUAUUCGUUUACUGGAGAAAACGAAACUGACUUCUGUGUUAGUCCUUUUGAACUGGUUCUUGUUUAUUUGUUUAACUAAAAUGGCAGAAGUUAAUGUUUUAAUAAAUGAAGACGAGUUCUGCUGCUCAGUCUGUUUGGAAUUAUUGAAGGAUCCAGUGACUUUAGCUUGUGGACACAGUUUCUGCAUGUCCUGCAUUACUAGUAGCUGGGAUCAGCAGGUAGGGAUCUACACUUGUCCUCAGUGCAGAGCAACCUUUGAUACAAGGCCUUCUCUAUGCAGGAACAACAUGCUGGCUGGUUUAGUGGAGAAACUAAAACAACGUGGACUAGAACUCUCUGAUCACUGUUAUGCUAAAUCUGGAGAUGUGGAGUGUGAUAUCUGUACUGGAAUUAAAUACAAAGCAGUCAAGUCCUGUCUGGUAUGUCUGGCAUCUUACUGUGCAGAUCAUUUUCGACCUCACAAGGAAUCUUCUGCCCUGAUGAAGCAUACUGUGACUGAAGCCUCUGCAAAACUGCAUGAGAAAAUCUGCCAACAACAUGGAAAACCUAUGGAGUUAUACUGUUGUACAGAUCAGAAAUGCAUUUGCUAUCUAUGCACCUUGGAUGAACAUUCAAACCAUAAUAUUGUUUCAGCUGUAGCUGAAAGAGCAGAGAAAGAGAAACAGGUAUUAGAGACCCAGAACAACUACACACAGAGAAUUCUGGAGAGAGAGGAGGACCGUCUAAAACUGGUAGAAUCUUUAGAGUCAAUCAAGAAUUCUGCACAAGUAGUGGUCGAAGACAUUAGUAGGUUAUUUCAAGAACUUAUUCAGUCCAUUUUAAUAAAAUGCUCUGAGGUGACAAACCAGAUAAGUGCUCAGGAGGAUGUUGAAGUUACUCACACCAAAGAACACCUGAAGCAAGUGGAGCAGGAAAUUGUUGAGCUCAAGAGUCAAAAUGACGAGCUUAAGCAACUCUUACAGACACAAGAUGACACCCUUUUCCUCCAGAGUUUCCAGUCUUUCCAUGAUUUUAGGCUACCUGAGGCCAUUUCCAGGGUAAACAUUAAUAUACCACACUCAUAUGAGGAUGUAAAGAUAUUUGUCCAUAAGCUUAAAGAGAAUAUUGAAAGUAGCAAACUUUCAAUGAUUCCUGAUUCAGCUUCUCAAAUGAACAGUCACCAAAUGACUUCACAGAACUCUCAGGAACUCUCACAAAUCCCAACCAUCGACAUUCGUUUCAAAACCUUUGCAGGAUCAGAAACUACUGGGUUGUCCUCAACAACUGGCACUCAAUUCCAAUCCACAUUUGGGUUCUCCUCAAGACCUGACACUAAGCCACAAUAUACCUUUGGUUUACAAAAAACUACAGGGUUUGGGUUGUUCUCAACACCUGUCACUCAACCCAAAUCCCUUUUUGGCUUCACAAAGCCUAGCGAGUUUGGGUUGUCCUCACCACCUACCACUCAAUCCCAAACUCUAUUUGGGUUGUCCUCAAAACCUGCCACUCAAUCCCAAACUGUAUUUGGGUUGUCCUCAAAACCUGACACUCAAUCCCAAAGUGCGUUUGGGUUGUCCUCACAACCUGCCACUCAAUCCCAAACUCUGUUUGGGUUGUCCUCAAAACCUGCCACUCAAUCCCAAAGUGCGUUUGGGUUGUACUUACAACCUGCCACAAGAUCCCAAAGUGCGUUUGGGUUGUCCUCACCACCUGCCACUCAAUCCCAAAGUGCGUUUGGAUUGUCCUCACCACCUGCCACUAAAUCCCAAAGUGCAUUUGGGUUGUCCUCACCACCUGCCACUCAAUCCCAAACUCUAUUUGGGUUGUCCUCAAAACCUGCCACUCAAUCCCAAAGUGCGUUUGGGUUGUCCUCACCACCUGCCACUCAAUCCCAAACUCUAUUUGGGUUGUCCUCAAAACCUGCCACUCAAUCCCAAAGUGCGUUUGGGUUGUACUCACCACCUGCCACUCAAUCCCAAACUCUAUUUGGGUUGCCCUCAAAACCUGCCACUCAAUCCCAAAGUGCGUUUGGGUUGUACUCACCACCUGCCACUCAAUCCCAAACUCUAUUUGGGUUGCCCUCAAAACCUGCCACUCAAUCCCAAAGUGCGUUUGGGUUGUCCUCAGAACCUGCCACUCAAUCCCAAACUCCAUUUGGGUUGUCCUCACCACCUGCCACUCAAUCCCAAAGUGCGUUUGGGUUGUCCUCACCACCUGCCACUCAAUCCCAAAGUGCGUUUGGGUUGUCCUCACCACCUGCCACUCAAUCCCAAAGUGCAUUUGGGAUGUACUAACCACCUGCCACUCAAUCGCAAAGUGCGUUUGGGUUGUCCUCACCACCUGCCAAUCAAUCCCAAAGUGCAUUUGGGUUGUACUUACUGUACAACCUGCCACUCAAUCCCAAAGUACAUUUGGCUUGUCCUCACCACCUGCCACUCAAUCCCAAAGUGCAUUUGGAUUGUCCUCACCACCUGCCACUCAGUCCUAAUUCAUCUUUAGUUUCUAAAAGCUUAGCAGGUUUGGGUGGUCCUUAACACCCUGACACUAAAUACUGUAAAAACUGUAUUUGGGUUGUCCAACACCUGACACUGAAUCCCAACAUGUAUUCUCUGCAACACUUGACAGUCCUUGUUUGUAUUUGGAAUCAGAUCAAAACUACAGUUUAAAACUAAUCUGUAUUUUGGUUCUCCUCAAAAUCUGCCACUCAAUCCCAAGCUAUUUUAUGUUGCAAUCCAGAAAUGCUACUCAAUCUGUGUUUUUGGGUCCUCUCAAACCCUGCCACUCAAGUCCAAUCAGAAUUUGGGUUUUCCUCAACACCUGAACUCAAUCCCGUAAUUGGGUUUCAAUCAAAAAAUGCUACCCAAUUUGUAUUUAGAUUUUCCUUAACACCUGAGCCCGUACUUAUGGAAAUUCUUAGUAUAAAGAUUUGCUCCUAGUGAUGAAAUUCUUUGAAAUGUGGGUGUUUCCCCUCACUAUCAUUACUAAAUAUUGUAUGCAGUACAUUUCUUCUCCUCUUCACCUUUCCCCUGCAUACAAUAUUUAGUAAUGAUAGUGAGUUAAUAAGAUUCUUUUCCGACCAAUCAUAUUAUAGAAAACAUCUCUGACACAGAGCGGAUAUGGCAUUUAUUCUGCCGCUAUGGCAUUCAGAGAUACGCUAAGAUCUCCAAAACAGAGCUGAAAUGCCAUAGCAGCAUAAAUUAUUAUAUAAUUUCGCGCUGUGACAUUUCGGUUCUGUGUCAGAGAUGUUUACAUUUACAUUAGAUUUGUUACAUUUGUAACAUACAGAUGUUAGCACAUCUCUAAUAUGACUGGUCACAAAUGUAAUCCCUACACACUAUAGCCUCAAAUAUCUUAACAUAGAGACCAAGUGAAGGGUUAUAGAUCAUAUUUUAAAAGUGCUCUUUUUUUGUUGGACAACCAAUCGGUCAUCAAAAGAGUGUGUCAUACCUAGUAACAGGGUCAGCCCUGCCUCAGCUUUACCUGCCUCAGUCUUUUCCUUACUCAGCUCUUCUUGCUCUGAGAUUGAAUCAUGAAUCACUCUCAAGCUAAGAUUCCUAGUUAGAAUUUUUUUAGAAACAAUUGUUACUAUUAUAGAAUGGUAAAUUUCAAUUUAUUUUGUGAUAACCUUAUAAUGUUUGACAGAUUGAAAAGCAGCAACCGUUGCUUCUCUAAGAGCAAGACUAAUGCCCUUUCUUCUUGGAAUGAUGUAGACACACCUGAAUGCUCCAGAAUACCAAACUGCACACUUCUUGAUGAAUAACUUAUCUUGUUCAUGUAUUUAGGAGCACCUGGCUUAUUUACAUUUUACAUAAUGUGGAAAUAGGAAUGGUGCAGUUAUUUUUUCCCCAUCUGGUUUCUGAAUGUAGUUUUCCUUUUAGGAAAAAUGACUGCAUGAUGAUAUCUAUUGUGGGUUUUAUGACAUGAGGUUAUUUAUUUAUGAAAGUUUGUAAGGACUAUGGUUAGUUAGACCCAGAUAAAUAAAAACCUAUAAUUAAACUUUAUAAUUUAACUUUCUUUUUUUCAGUGACAGUGCUGUAAACAUUAUUUCAUUUGUGUGGAACUGUUACAUUAAUUAAUUACAUAAAUAAAUAUUAUUCUGUGUGA